AAAUAUUAGCUCUGUGACAUAAGCAUAGAAGAGUGACCUCACGAACUAAAAAAGUACAUUAUUUCGACGGCUCAAAAUAAAACACGAUAGAAUAGCCCACCAUAAAAAUCUGGCCAUGAAUGGGAGAACGCCACUUGGAUUCAUUUUCCUGGACAACGUUGCUAUCAAAUCAGAAACAACCAAUCAUAUUCAACCACAAAUUAUGAAAAUAUUUGCUUCGAUUAAAAUAAUAUUAUUGUAUUCCAUUUUUCUGGAAAGCAACUUUGUAGCAGCGCGAUGUCGCUUGCUUUCGGGCGAUUGCUCUUGCUUUCGGGCGAUUGACAAAUUUUAUCACACUUGUGCUUUGUAUAAAUUUAACCUUCUAAGCUCUUAAGUUGGGUCAGUCAGCUUUACGAGCAUCGUUAAGCCGCUUUACUAUUCCGAUCAUAGUGACGAAUGGAUUCUGAUAUGUACUGCUUUGAUUUCUCUGAUGCUGAGAUAACACCCUCCACUGGCAACGUCCACGAGGAGAACCCAUCGAUGAAUCCGCUGUUUCGUAGCCAGGUGGCUGUGCCAGGAAUUGGAGAAAACAUGUAUGGUAUUGGGACUGGUAGCCAUGAACUGAAAUACGGAUUGGCAGAUCACCAACGACACCAACAGCAGACAGAAAUACCAAACCAAUGGAUGGUGAUUAUGAACAACAUGUCAGUGAAUAAUCAAGCAGCCCUAGAACAACCAGCUGGAAGUUCUCGAUCUUCAAAGGAUCCUAAAAAGUUGGCUAGACAACGUAGUGACCUGAAAUAUCGUGAAAAAAAGAAGCAAGAGACGAAAGACCUCAAGAGAAAGGUGGAUGUGCUGAUGGAAAGAAACGACCAUCUGGAGAAAGAAAAUGCCUACUUGAAGAAGGAGGGAGAUCGGAUGGAAAGGGCUUUGAAACAAGGCAAAAGAGAUGUUCACCAAUUGAAGGGCAAGCACGACGGUCUAUCUACUACUGUAACGGAGAUUUCCAGGGCACUGGCUGAGUCGAAAUAUAAUAUGGAGAUCCAACGUGAAAAUGAACUGCUCAAAUGUAAGAUUAAUUUGCUGGCUAAACAAAUGAAGAAUCCUGACAGGUUAGAUACAAUCAAGCUUCAGGCAAGAAUCGCACAACUAGAGGGUGAAAAUAGCGCACGCCAGCUAGUAAUCGAUGCUCUAUGCGCAAAGAUGAAAAAGGACACGGAUGAUGAACCAUAAAUGAGAAUGAUAAGGCUGCUGGUUGCAGACGUGGUGCCGUGGUGGAUUUGAAUGCAAAGGAGGUUAAUGAGAGCAUUUAAUAGCGCCUGGGAUUUUCUGCUUUGUUCUUUAAAUUGCGAAGACUUUAGCACUCAACUUAUAUGUAUUAGGAUUAUCAUAUUACUACUACUCUGCUAAAGAACAGAAUUUUAAAAAACCCUAUAAUUUAUAUGAACAAUAAAGUUUUUUUUUAAAGAAAUUAUGUUUUAGUUUUUUUUUUAAUUUUAUU